CCCGCUGCGUUCACCUCCAACCCGAAAAUGAGAGAGUAUUUUUACCACCGCCUAGAUAGAUUGAGAAAUCAGAAAUGAUUUGAGCAAAUAGGAGCUUUCCGUACUCAUAUCCUUCUCCUCCUCCUCUUUAUUACCAUCGUAUCAAAUCAAUCAUAAAUUAGGGCUUUUAUUCGUAAUAAUUAUAAUUAUUAUUAUUCUCCACCAUCAAUUCCAUUCCAUUCCUCCCUCCGAUUCCUCCCAAUUUAAUUAACCGAUUCCCCCGAUUCCAGUCGUGAUGAAAUCAGUUCAACCACCGGUUCCCGCCGCCGCUAAUCGACCACGCCCACGACGUCGUCCCGAUCUAACGCUCCCGCUGCCUCAGCGCGAUACAUCAAUCGCGGUGCCGCUCCCGCUGCCGCCUAACUCGGCGCCUUCCUCCACCACGUCAGCUUCCGCCGCCGCGGCCGCGCAGCCGAUCAACUUCUCCGAGCUGGACCGCAUCAACCGUAUCGGCAGCGGCAGCGGCGGCACGGUCUACAAAGUGGCGCACCGGCCGACGGGGAGGAUGUUCGCGCUGAAAGUGAUCUACGGGAAUCACGAGGAGUCGGUGCGGCGUCAGAUCUGCCGCGAGAUUGAGAUUCUGAGAGAUGUGGAUAAUUUGAAUGUUGUGAAAUGUCAUGAUAUGUAUGAUCACGCUGGCGAGAUCCAGGUGCUGCUUGAAUACAUGGAUAGAGGCUCUCUGGAAGGGAUUCAUAUCACGAAUGAGGCGGCGUUGGCGGAUCUGACUAGGCAGAUCUUAUCUGGAAUUCAUUACCUUCAUCGAAAGCGGAUUGUUCAUCGGGAUAUUAAACCGUCUAAUUUGCUGGUCAACUCCAGGAAGCAGGUCAAGAUUGCCGACUUUGGAGUGUCUAGAGUCUUGGCACAGACUAUGGAUCCGUGUAAUUCAUCUGUUGGGACGAUUGCGUAUAUGAGUCCCGAGAGGAUUAAUACGGAUCUUAAUCAGGGACGAUAUGAUGGUUAUGCUGGUGAUAUUUGGAGUCUCGGUGUCAGUAUACUUGAGUUUUAUAUGGGGAGGUUUCCGUUUGCUGUUGGUAGAGGUGGCGAUUGGGCGAGUUUGAUGUGUGCAAUUUGUAUGUCUCAGCCUCCCGAGGCCCCGCCUACUGCUUCCAGGCAUUUUAGGGAGUUUAUAUCUUGUUGUUUGCAGAGGGAUCCUCAUCGGAGAUGGACUGCCAAUCAGUUGUUGCGUCAUCCGUUUGUUACACAGACUAACAAUGGUACUCCGCCUAAUGGAAAUGGAGGAGGUAGUCAGGUUAAUCAGGCUCACCAGUUAUUACCACCUCCUCCGCGUCCUCAUCCGUCUUCUGCUUGAUAUGAUACAAUAACUGUUGCAUUUCUCGUUGUGGAUGUUGUUACAUUUCUUUCUCUGGCUAUGUGUUUAGUUGUGUAAUUUGAAUUGUAUGAUGAUGGUUCCAAUGCUGGAUGGAUGCAUGGAUUUUCAGGAUUGAAUUGGAGAAAUGGACUUCCGGAUAGUAAUCAAAUGAAUCUUGUUAUUAUUGUUGUCAA